CAACCUUUACAUUUACUGGCUCUGGGAUUUCUCUCUUGAGCUCUCCAUCGUCUCUGCUGUUCCCAAAGUCAAAAUGUCGAACAAGUCUCCAAUAUAUCCGAUGCCAGAGCCUCAUCACUUUAGCGACUAUGGUUUCGAUCCCCAAAUCGACUACUUCCAGGUUCUAGAGGAAGCUAGAAUGCAGAAGCGGGAGAAGUACAGAUCUGUAGAUGCUCUGCAUUUCAAGCUACAGAAACCCAAUUCGAAAGAAGAGUCAAAGAAGAACAAGAAGAAGAAGAAAUGGUGGAGAAACGCUCUUUUAUUCUGGAAAUGGAAGUGGGCUCAGGGUGAGAGACAAAAUGGCGAAGAGGGUUGUUUUAACAAAAGGAGUAGAGUUUGCAGGGCAACAAUAUCUGGACAAGUAUACAUAACAGAGAGCAGAAGCGGGUCAAGCACGCCAUACCGGAUGAGCAAUAGGUCGGCAUCUGGGCCUCUGGCUGGGACAUUGGAUAUACCUUAUCUCAGCCUCAGAGACCUCAACAUGGAACAACCACAGCAAUACAAUCGAGUCUCUGCUUCCGCCAUGCCCAUCUACUUGGUUAGUUAGUAUUAUCUUGUCCAUUUUUGGCCUUUUGGCGUGUUUCCUCUCUCUCUCUCUCUUUCUAUCUAGAUUGCCUUGUAGAAUCCAUUUUCUUUUGCAUUUGAACCUGGAAAACUGGAAUUAAAGGGAUCUCCUUUUUUCCAGCCUUAUUGGGCCCUUUUUGGUCCUAGCCCAAGAGGGCCAGAUGCUGAUGUAAAGGCAGGAGAGGCCCAGACCCUUUGGUGGUGUGGUCACUGUGGUGUUGUGUUGGAUGAUUUUUAAUGGCUAAAAAUGUCUUUGUAUUCUUUUCCUUUA